UACUUUUAUUACUUCUAUUACUAUUAUUAUUAUUACUAGCAUUCAUUUUUAUAUUCUAUAAAGAUGUUUCUAAGAAAUAAUCUUCUCAUAUUAUGUAUUCUCCUGGUAGAAUUCGUACACAGAUGCCGUGCUCCUCCUGUAGAGCAAGAGGAAGCUGAUCCAUUUGCCAUACCACCCGCCCUUGAGAUUCUAAAGACCAUCGUACUCGGCUAUAUGGCCCACGUUUUGACCGUUAGACCCGAGACAGGAAUAGGUCCCUAUUCUACAGAAUCCCGGCGCCUUGGAUGUUUUGCAUUCCCAGUAAUGGGAAUCGGGUUCGCUGCACAGUCGAUUUACUUUGCUAUUUACGGGGACAAUAUUCUUGGGAUUUCCAAAUUUAAACAAAUGCUGAAAAAGUAUGACGAAGAAACUCGCAAUAGUUAUGCAAAGGGUGGAGAAAAUAUCAACGUCAAUCCAGGGUCCUCACUAUUUUCGGAAACGUUCAAAUCAAAUAAUCAAAAAGAGUUCAACGCCACACAUCAAACCAGCAAUGUAGAAAGUUUUCUUGAAAGAACGAGUAGUUUAAGAGACUGGCUAGUGGAAAGCAUGAGAGCAAAUGGCGUCUAUACCAAGGAGUACGACAAUGCACCAUAUCUGGCAGCCUUACUGCACACAAUGGAUCCCAAGGACGCCAAAAAAGUAAAGCAAUGCAUUCUCAACGAAAAUAUACUGCUGGGGUUUGACUCAAGCACGUACAAGCCAUUGAAAGAACAUUUCGUAAAGGUCACCAAAGACCUAUCUGUCAGUGGGCCAGGAUCACUAGCCGAAUACCAAACCACCGUACGGCCUAGUUAUGUCCGAUAUUUAUCUAUCAGUAUGCUGAAUCAACUGACGGCAUCUUACAAUGUUGACGACACCUCCUACUUUGAAGUGUGCGUUACGCUAGGACAGAUAUUCUUUACGGUAGUCGAAUGUAUGGAGAUAGACGGAGAUAAAUGGGCCAAAGUUGUUAUGAUCAUCUACACUGCAAUGUCUGUUUUCCAAGUUACCUCUCUCUUCGCCCUGCACAAACAAUCGAUGCCUUUUACGGUAUACUAUGAUCAAGACCUCUCUUGGCAAAAGCUUAUCGAAGAUCGUGGUAUAUAUGUCAUAAAGGAUGUCAAAAGAAUUCUUUUCCCCCACAAGUAUGCACCAAAACCUUUGACGCCAACAGGUAUUGUGUAUUCCGGCUGGGUAUAUCCAACAAGCUGUGUGCUGUUCAUUCUAGAGAGAAGAGAAUUCGAACUUGACAGACGUAGACUUUUGAUUGAUAUAUACGGCAACCGAGUCCAUGGAAUCUUCUCAAUACUGGGCAUGGGCGUUUCUCCUUUAGUUUGCAUCUGGGCCGAUUACAAAAGCCAGAGCAUAACAAAAUGGCUUGUUAUAGGUUGGAUGGUUGCUCCAGUCGUAUUUCACUGUGGAAUAGCUAUUCAAAAUGGAACUAUUGGAUACAACUUUUUAGUUAGAAGCACUUGGUUUAUUUUCAUUUCACUUCUUAGUUUAGGAUGUCUCCUCACUGCAACAGUGUUUGGAUAUAUCCCAGAUUACGCAAAUAGCUUUUUAUAGUUUAUUAAGGGUAGAAAUCACCUUGUAGUUUAAUAAUAAUAAAAUGUAAUAUCUAAUAUCUAAUAUCUAAUACACGUAUAUCUAUGUAUGUUAGAGUGCGCAGCUGCUUGGUAGUAUAGCUAUUAAGCUAUACAAAUAGAGUAUUUAAUACUAAAGAACUAUAUAAAGUAUCUUUAUUCUUAUGAAUUUGUCAAGU